AGUAUGGCGUAAAAACAGUUGAGGCCUGGCCUAGUAUGAAUCGCCCAAGUAGAAGAAAGCAGUCUGGUUCAGAAAAUGGAAGCUUGCUUGACUAAAUGUGGCCAUAGCAACGGUUUUCUGAGAGCACUUCGCUCCCUUCGCCGCUCUUCCAUGUCCAUUCACUCUGUUAGAAAUUCCGUUAAAAAAGCAUACGAUGGGCUGCUGUUAGACGCCGCGGGCACUCUCUUGCAAUUGCCCAAACCUGUAGAAGAAACUUACGCUUCCAUUGGAGCUAAAUACGGUCUGAAAGUGAAUUCAGCUGAAAUAAAGCAAGGAUUUAAGAGGGCUUUGGCUGCACCAUGGCCUGAGAAGCUCCGUUAUGAGGGGGAUGGAAAGCCAUUUUGGAAACUUGUUGUCGCCGAAGCCACUGGUUGUUCCAAUGACAAUUACUUUGAGGAAGUCUAUGAGCAUUAUGCACAUGCUGAUGCAUGGUCUCUUCCAGAUGGAGCUUCUGAAACAAUAUUCCUUAUCAAAAAUGCUGGAGUUAAAGUGGCUGUUGUGUCCAAUUUCGACACCCGAUUAAAGAAGAUAUUGAAGGAACUCAACGUAAUAGAUCUGUUUGAUGCUAUAAUUAUAUCGUCAGAGGUUGGUUAUGAAAAACCAGAUGCAAGGAUAUUUAAAGCUGCUUUAGAUCAAAUUGAUUUGGAGGCUGGCAAGGUGGUACAUGUGGGGGAUGAUCUAAAAGCAGAUAAGGUGGGAGCCAAUGCUGUUGGCAUCAACUGCUGGUUGUGGGGGAAAGAUGUAAAGACAUUCGCAGAUAUACAGAAGUGUAUCCUCAUCUCAGAUUCAUAGCUUGUAAUGUUUUAGGUCUCAUAUGGAAAAUAAAAAUUAGAUUGGAAUGCCAGACCCCUUUGCAUAAUUUGCAUUGAUACAAUGCGGACCAUCUCUACAUUUAGCACCUCUUUGAUGGUGCCAUUGAUUUGACCUGCAUGAUUGUUGCGAGUGUAAGGGAUGGUGAUUUGACCUCUUUAUAUUGUCAAAGGAUUCUUAGUUCUUUAUUGUCAAAGGAUUUGUAGUUAUAUGGAUUUUGGAAUUUGGGAUCCAUGUAUCCUAGCUUUUAUGGUUGUUAAGCACACCAAAAUUUUGUUGAGAUGUAAACUGCAGAAUGAAGAACGGAAAUUAUGUUCAGAGAUGUUUGCUUGUUUAACUGCAAUAGAAAUAUUUGUGCUUUGCCACCUGAACGAUUAUCACAGUGGGUGAGCUGUUCAGGAAAUUAUGCCAAGAAAUGCAACCAAUUGCCAAAUUGCAGUUUCAUCGACUCUAGUAAUGCCAGUAGUAUAACAAGGGAUUAUGCAACAG